AUGCGCCGCCUACUCCGGCCGGCGAAAGCGGCGGCCUCCGUGGCCGCCGGGGCCGCGGUACUGGCGUCGCUCGGCGAGGUCGCGUACGCGGAUAGCGUCUUCUCCUUCCGCCGCCAGCCCGCCGCCCCUCCUCCUCCACCUCCAGAUGCCCCCGCCCCCGCCGCCGCCUCGUCCGGCUCCAGCGGGUUCGACCCCGAGGAGCUGGAGCGCGGGGCCCGCGCGCUGCGGCAGAUCAAUGGCUCCCGGUACGCCAAGCUGCUGUUUGGGCUGAUGCAGAGCCAGGAGGAGACGCGCCUCGCGGAGAUGGCUGCGGAGAAGGUCCGCCACGAUAUCUACUGGAAAGUCAAGGAAAUCGAGGCGAAGCGGAAAAUGGGUGAAGAAUAUAGAGAAAAUUUGAAACAGCAAUCACAAAUUGAGGCACAAAGGUUACGCUACGAGGAUGAGUUAGCUAAGAAAAGAAAGCAGGAAGAGCGUGAAGCUGAAAGACGACGGGAUGCUGAACUUGUAAGGAUGCAAGAGAUUGGUGCCUUAAAAAGAGAACAAGCUAGGCGUGCCACAGAACAGAAGAUUUUAGAGCAAGAGCUACAGACUCUGAAAGAAAGGGCUAAAAAUGAUCGUGAGACAAACAAAGAGAAUGCUAUUUCUAAUGCUAAAGCUAAAGCUCAUGAAGCAAAGCUGACAGAAGAUUAUGAAAGAAGAAUGCUUGUGGAACUCAUGAAUGGCGAAAAAGAGAAGUGGCUUGCUGCAAUAAAUACCACCUUUCAACAUAUAGAAGGUGGGUUAAGAACAUUAUUGACUGAUAGGAGUAAGCUAGUAAUGGGUAUUGGAGGAGUCACUGCACUAGCUGCUGGAGUUUACACUACUAGGGAAGGAGCCAGGGUUACAUGGGGUUACGUCAAUAGAAUUUUGGGUCAGCCUUCACUGAUUCGUGAAUCAUCAAUGCGAAAGUUUCCAUUGCCAGGUCUUAAGGCUCUUAAACCUAGCUCUGCAUCUCUGUCGGGAGGUGCGGGCUUUGAGAAUGUUAUUCUUCACCCUUCACUCAAACGGAGGAUUGAACAUCUUGCACGAGCAACUGCAAAUACGAAAUCUCAUGAUGCGCCAUUCCGCAAUAUGUUGUUCUAUGGACAUCCUGGAACUGGCAAGACUUUAGUAGCCAGGGAAAUGGCUCGCAAAUCUGGCCUUGAUUAUGCAAUGAUGACAGGGGGAGAUGUUGCACCAUUAGGAUCAGAGGCUGUUACCAAGAUCCAUGAAAUCUUCGACUGGGCUAAGAAGUCCCAAAAAGGAAUGCUUCUUUUCAUUGAUGAGGCUGAUGCAUUCUUGUGCGAGCGUAACAGUACCCAUAUGAGUGAAGCCCAGCGGAGUGCUCUCAAUGCACUAUUAUUUCGAACUGGUGACCAAUCAAGGGACAUCGUUCUUGUCCUUGCAACCAACCGACCGGGUGAUCUUGAUGCUGCUAUUACUGACCGAAUUGAUGAAGUUAUCGAGUUUCCCCUACCUGGGGAAGAGGAGCGGUUUCAGCUGCUCAAGUUAUACUUGAACAACUACAUGCCCAAGGAAGAUGACAAGCGUUCUCCUUGGAGCACACUGCUGAAGAAGCAGCCGAAGAAGAUACACGUACGGGACAUAAGUGAUGAUCUCCUGAGGGAUGCUGCGCGCAAGAUUGAUGGCUUCUCCGGCAGAGAGAUUGCGAAGCUGAUGGCCAGUGUGCAGGCUGCUGUCUACGGGAGUCCUGACUGCAUAUUGAAUCCGCAGCUGUUCCGCGAGGUGGUUGAGUACAAGAUCGGCGAGCACCAGCAGCGCAUGAAGCUUGCUUCGGAGGCUGCAGCUUGA